CUCUGGGCAGAGGCUACCGGUGAGAUGGCAAAGGCUCCGGGAUGUCCCAGGCUGCGCCGGCCCUCGUGUUACCUCCCCACGGCUCUGUUCUUCGCGACGCUCUGCGGCUCUGGUGCUGUCCUCCGGAGGAAAGAUUGCCAGUUCCCGGACCCCUCCGAUCACACUACCUACAGGUGUGCGUCCUUGGCGUGCACGCUGUCUCUGGGCAGCGGCGGGUUUAAGGCUGGCUCCAUGGUGCAGCAUUUCUGCGAAGACGGCUACGUCCUGGCCGGCCAUCCUGGGGUCUCUGUCUGCAAGGGUGGCCAGUGGAGCGUGCUGAAGCCAGUUGUCUGCAACCCCUUGACAGGAUCCCCGGUGCCUCGCUCCGGCUCCAUCUUCGGUGUCUCCUCCAUCCCCAUGGUGGCUGCGGCCUCGGUGACGGUGUCCGCCCUGCUGCUGGUGGCCAUGGUGUGCGUCCUGGUGGGGCCGAAACCCUGCAGCCACUGGUGCUGGCGGAGGUACGAGCCCAUGGAGGAGUCCGAGGUGAGCAUCGUCGACAGCUGCCCGGUGCCACUCCCAUCCUACGAGGAGGCUGUCUAUGGCUCCCAGGGGGGCCCCGUGCCACCCACCUCCACCACGCCGAUGCCCCUCGUCCUCUCCAGGGGCCUGGCCCCCCCAUCGGAAGCAGCCGAGCCCUGUUGGAGUCCAGAGGCCGCCACCCCACCGCCUUCCUACCAGGAGAGCCAAGCAGCAGCUGCGGGCAGCUCCGGUCUGGCGCGGCCCACGGUGCCCCCUGCCCGGUUCCUGUUCCCUGGGGCCGCAAAGGACUCGUGCAGGUAGCCGGGGUGCCGGGGGUCCCCUGGCCGGGCUCUGACACUACAGCAGAGACUCCUCAUUUGAAGCAAACGCAGCCUGCUCCAUCUUUUAACUUGCUGGGGGGGGGAGAAGAGACCCCCCCCUCGUGCCCAUUAACUCAGCACCUUGUGAAGCUGAUGGAACUGAAGCAGCCCCCUUGGAGGGGCGUGUGCAGCCUUCUGCCUGGAUGGGGGCCCCCGGGGCUGAGGGACCGGCCCCCCCCCCCCACAAACUAACGGCUAUGUCUGUGGGGCAGCCCUGAGGGGCCGACCUUUGCCCACAAGCUGGUAGCCGCCGGCUCAGCGUGUUCUUCUGAUCUCUGCACUUCCACCCCAUGGGAUCCCACUUUUCCCGGCCCCCCUCCCCCCCGACACACUCCUCCCACUGGGGUGUCCGGUCCUGGCAGAGCCAUGAAGGGUUAACUCAGGCUCCUCCCUCCCUCCAGCUGUGAGGAUGGGGCGGGGGGGGGGGAGGCAGACUCCCCCCCCCCCCCCCCCCCCCCCCCCCCCCCCUUCCUAACGCUCUGGCGAACAUCCCCUGGGCUUGUUUCAUUCUUGGUGCUGCCUGGACCCUGGUAGCCUCCUCUGGGGUCAGCACCCUCCCCCCACGCCCCCCCACAAAAAGACCCUGCUCCCCCCCAAGCUUUCCUGACUCUUCCUACCUUCUCCCCCCCCCCCCCCCCCCCCCCCCCGCCACUGUCCGUGUGUCCCUGCUGCCCCCUGCUGGAAAGGAUGAGCCCAGCCCCUGCACCGUGAGUGCGCGUCUGUCCGUCCGUCCGUCCGUCCUCGUGCAUGUCCCUGCUGGAAGGAAUGAGCCCUGCCCUGUGUGUGUUUGUGUCCCUGUCCAUGUCCUUACUGGGCCCAUCCCACACCACAACCGCUGGGUCUGCGGGUGGGUGCUGGGCAGGGGCCAAUCUUGGGCUAUUCCUCGGUGCGGGGGCCUGGCUUCCUGCCUCCCCUGUGCCCCCCCGGCCCCUUUGUCGAAUGUGACAAGGGGGCAGCACCGGAGAUGCUCAGUUGUGCCCCUGCGGCUGGAAGUGGCCCAGGGGGCAGGUAGCCCCUGUGGAAGCCGGGUCAGGUGCGUGGGCUGGCUCUCACACUCACACUCACACUCACACACCCCGCCCGCCCGCCCUGGGGCUGUUUUUGCACAAGGUUAAUCGUUCUCGGUUUGUAUUUAAUGAUGCGGGGUUUGUUUUUCUUUGAUGUAUUUAUAUGGGGGGGUAUUUCUCAAACUCCCCCCCCCCCCAAUCUAUGAUGCUGGGGCCGGGGUUGUGGUCCUGGGGGCUGUGAGGGAGCCGAGGUGCUAAUUAAAACACUCACCCCGCCCGC